UGUAAUUGAAUUUGUGGUUUAGAAUUAUUUUUCAAGAUAAAUUUGCACAUUUAGAAUUUUUAACUCUGUUUGAGUAUAAUCAUUAAUUUUCCUGUGAAAUAUUGUUUUUCUAUUUUAAUUUAAUAAAAUUAUUUUGUAUUUAAUAAAAAUUUGAAAACUUCUUCGCUGUCUUCCAGAAAUAUUUAUGCAAAGUAUUACAAAAAAUUUUACGAAUUUAUUCAAAUCAAACUCCUAAAAAAUUAUUACAACAAUUUGAUUAAGAUAAAUUGUUAUACAUAAGACAAAUUUUGCGGACAAAUUUUGCACAAAAAAUGUCUAUCUAUAAGGAUUUGCCUGAGGAGCAUCCAAGAAAAUUAAUACCAGAUUUAUGUCGUCAGUUUUAUAAUUUAGGAUGGGUAACUGGUACAGGUGGUGGAAUAAGUAUUAAGUUAGAUAAUGAUAUUUAUAUCGCUCCAUCGGGUGUUCAAAAAGAGCGUAUACAACCUGAAGACUUAUUUGUUCAAAAUAUUGAAGGUGACGAUUUACAAUUGCCACCAGAAUAUAAAAAAUUAACAAAAAGUCAAUGCACACCUUUAUUUAUGCUUGCCUAUAAACAUAGAGGUUCUGGUGCUGUUAUUCAUUCUCAUUCACAGAAUGCUGUAAUGGCAACAUUGUUGUGGCCAGGAAAAGAAUUCCGUUGUACUCAUUUAGAGAUGAUUAAGGGAAUUUAUGAUGAAGAAAAAUUACGACAUUUAAGAUAUGAUGAACAAUUAAUUGUGCCAAUAAUUGAAAAUACAAGUUUUGAAAAGGAUUUAGCUGAUACAAUGUAUUCUGCUAUGCAAGAAUAUCCAGGGACAAGUGCUAUAUUAGUACGACGUCAUGGUGUUUAUGUAUGGGGUAGUACAUGGCAAAAGGCAAAAACUAUGGCUGAAUGUUAUGAUUAUUUAUUUCAAGUGGCCGUUGAAAUGAAGAAAUGUGGAUUGAAUCCAGAAAAAACAGCAGAAUAGUGUACAAUUUUUUAAAAUAAGGAAUUUUUAGGUGUAAACGUAAACAAUUACUCCAAUCAUCAUAUUAUUAAUCUACUAUUAAAAAUCAUUGAAAAAAAUGAAAAAUUUCUUAUAUAUAUAUAUAUAUAUUUAACUUUUGUCGAAUAUAUAACUUUUACUAGACUUUACUUAAGUAACAAUGUAAAAAGAAAAAAAUUUUUUCCGUAAAUUAUCAAAAAUUUAUAAAAGAAAAAUAUGCCUAUGUAGUUCCUUUUGAAGUUUCUUUAUUAUGCUCAACUCUUUUUUGUAGAGUAAAGUUAAUUCUAUCAGAUUGAUAUAUUGAUCUUAUUACAUUAAAUUAAAUAUUUAAAAAUAUUAAUAAAAAAGAAAAUUUUACAAAAAAAAAAAAAAAUAAUGUGAUUAUAGUCAAAUAUAUAUUAUUAAAAUAAUAUUGUAGAAGCGCAACUUAUAUACAAACAAUUUUAAAAAUAUUUAUGGUAGAAAAGAAAGAUAUUAUGGUCGGAAUAUUUAUGGUAGAAGAGCUAUCACAUACAUUUUAUUCAUAUUAUUAAAUUUAUUCAAUAGUAGCAAAGAAGAAUGUGAACUAUAUUACUAAAAAAAUUUGAACUUAUUUAAAAUAAAAUUUGGAUAUUUUAAAAAGUUUCUACAAUAUUUUGUAUAUUAUAAUCACAUUAUUAUUUUUUCAAUAUACAUAAAUAUUUAAAAUGCUUUAAAAAUAUUUAUAAUAUUAUGUCAAAACACCAAUUUUAAGGCUAAUGAAAUAAGUUUUUUUUUUAUUUCGAUAAUAAAAAAAGGAGUUUAAAUCCGAAUUUUUAAGAAAUCUUUAAAACAGCAUUUUGUUAUUUCAAUUAAAAAAAAAACGAAAAGAAAUAAUAAUUGAAAUAAAUUAAUAAAUAAUUCAAAUUA